AUGGGCAGAUGUGGCCAUCAGGGUCAUAAGAUAGCAGAGUGCCCUCGCAAUCGGCAAGUAUCACAAUCAGAUCAGAGGCCCCAAGCUAGAGGGACCCAACAAGUGCAAGCUUCUCCUACUCCGGCUCAGUCAGCUCAGCCUUCUUCUCCUAAGCAGCAGCAAGGGGAGAGGCUGCGCACACAGGGUCGUAUUUAUGCACUGACUCAGCAGGAUGCUCAGGCAUCUAACAUUGUGGUGUCAGAGUAUGAUUUGCAUGUUAGCACCCCUGCCAGUAGUGGGACGAUUGGUAAUCAGGUCUGCAAGACUUGUCCAGUUCAGAUAGUAGGUAGAGACUUGCCUGCUGAUUUGAUAAUUAUAGAUAUGUAUGACUUUGACACAAUUCUCGGUAAGGAUUGGUUAGCAUCACACUUUGCUGCCAUUAACCGCCAUGAAAAGCGGGUAGUGGUGCUCAUACUUUCCCUCGAGUUCUCUACUAUGCACAUUAAGCAGCCUGUACGUGUGGUUGAUAGAAAGGAACAAGUGUUGAGGAGGUGCACGAUUCCUUAUGUUAAGAUUCAGUAG